ACAGGAAAUUGCCUCCAAGGAUGUCAGACCUAGGUCAUAGGUUAGAACAGCAAUAGCAGUUUUAUACCCCUCUGGCUGAAAUUGUCAGAAAUUGUCUGAAAUUGUCUUCUAAUUGUAGCAACUUCCACAGAAAGAGAAAUGGUUCCUUUGAUUUUCACUGUUGAACGUGGAAAUGUACAAAUUUGUCUUGAACUUAGGAAACCUUUAUAUCAAAGACUUGAGGAUAGUGAGCAGACUGUUCCACAGAGAGAACUUCAGCUCUCUGAUAUGAACAGGCAGGGUAAGAGCCAACAUCUGGAAGCUGACUUUCAGAAAACUUAUCACAAAUAGUAAUGGGUGGGAGUGGCUUUGUUAUUGGCAAAAGUCUCCAGAAAACCAAAAUAUUCUUCACCCUUGAGGAAACAUCCUUGAAGAAUAUCAACAUUACUGAUCCAGAUUAGGUGCCUUUUUGAAGGACGUCAUCCUGGUCCUUACUCUUUCUUACAUCCAGACUUACACUUUCUGAGGAAGUCUGACCUGUGCUACACAGUGUAAAACUCGGUGAGGGGGAGUUGCUUCUGCCUGCCAGAAAUAUGUGGCUUCAAAGUGCUCCUGGUUGGGAUACAUCCAAGUGUUAGGAUGUAUAACUGUAUGAACAUAUCCACUGUGGAAACAUAUCUCCUUUGAAUACUUCAGCAAAUCAGCACAUCUCUGGCCUGCCAGCACAGCCUUCCUCAUCACACUCAUCCUGCUUUGGGACAUGUAUUUGAGUUACUGAGAGGAGCCUCUCCAUUUCUGUAGGGCUAUUUUACAUGCCUUGGGUACAUCUGUAUCCUGGCUUUGGGAAAUGGGUACCAAACAACAACAGAAGAAAAUUCAAACAACCCAAGCUCCCCUGAACCAAAGAGGAGCAGGGCUGAGCAGGAAGGCUUCAGUUGUUCUCAGUGUGAGUGCUGGAAAUUGUUUGGAUUAUUUCAGUUUUACCAAGCUACAGAGCCACAGGAAUUUUCACUAGGACUUGCAGCUGAUAAAAUAAACAGUUACAUAAGAGCAGCAGUUCAGUGAGAGAAAGUAGCAACAUUCACAAACUAGUUAAGAGUCAGCAGAGGAAGACUUUCCAACAUUUAGGGCUGCUGCCACAGAGGUUAAACAAUAAUCCAAAAAGGAGCAGCCUAUGAAUCCUUGUGCCAUUAAUUUUAAUCCAAUUUCUGGAGGUGAACGUUCCUACAUUCCAGAUACACGCACGUGGGAAAUGAAAAGUAUUCUUGAGGAAAAUCAUGGCCAGAAACGUUGUUUCUCUAGGAGGAACAACUGCUGAGGAGAAACGUGGGAACCCUUUUAAGGCUUUAGAACAUCCGGUUAUACGCACUUCGUUUGCUCAGUGUUGGAAAAGUUCUCCUUACAGCCUUUCACUCUCCUCUUUGUGAACAGGGUGAGCAGCCCUUCAGCGCCCGAGGUUUAGGGGAAACAAAUAAGGCUAUUUUCUGAGGCGGGUUUUGUGCAUCCCACAGUGGGACGGGAGGGCGGGGAGGGCGCCGCCUCCGGUGCGCACAGCCCCACCCGCGGGGAUAAAAGCGUGGCUCAGCUGGGGCAGCCAAAGCGAUGGGCGCCGUCAUGGGAGCCGGGCGAGCGCUGGAACUGCUGCUGCUGCCGGUUAUGCUACUGACGAUGCCUGGAGCCCAAGCGAACUGUGGUGAGACAGAGUACUCCCAUCAAGGUCUCUGCUGUGUAUUUUGUGAAGCAGGUACUUUUGUUGCUGAUCACUGCAAUGCUUCACAUUUGAGAGGAAAAUGUGACCCUUGCAAAGAAGGAAAAGAGUUUACUCCUCAUGCGAACAGCUUGGAGGAAUGCUUGCCUUGCAGACAGUGCAAAGAGGAUCAGAUAACACUGAGAUCCUGUACUCAGACACAGAAUGCUGAAUGCCAGUGCAAACAAGGGUAUUUCUGUGCUGAUGAGGGCUGUGAAAGAUGUCAGAGAAACAGUGAAAUGCACCCGGACGGGAAAGAGGUUGUGCUGAAUUCCACUGAUGCUACAGACCCAAGCUUGCCCAAUCAAGGGCAGGGAGCUCUUGUUUGGGUUAUUCUGGUGUUUCUGUUUGGUUUGGUUCUGCUAAUUGCUGUUAUUAUAAAGCUGAAGUGUAAUAAAGCUGCCUCAACUGGUGAAGAUGCAGAGGGAGGUCUGAUAUCUGGUAGGAUGUGUUCCUGUGAUGCAAUAAGUCGUGAUUCAUACAAGAUCAGAUAUUAAUUCACAAGUGCCUGAUGCAUUCAGUAACUGCAUGUGUCUGCUGCAGUUGGCCUUGUUAAUACUUGGAAACAUUUCAGAGCCUGUGACAAGGAUGCUUUGGAAGUGGGGGAAAAAACUUGGAGUAGCUGCAAGUUUUUGCUUCAGACUGUCUCCAAGUGAUACUUUGAUCCAUUUAAUUUCCUCUUUGCUGCUUCAGAUGUGUAUUCCACAAGUGAUGGCAGCUACUGUUUACCUGUAUGGUGGUAUUCGAGCUCUCAUUGCAUUGUUGACUUCAAAUUAUUUGUUCACAAGACUUAACCACUCCUAAUCCAGUAGUGAUUGAGUCUACCUGCCUUUGGGCUCAUGACACAAGCUCCAGACCAGGACCUGACAGUCUGAAUUCUUAGUUGUAAGCAGUCCCUAAAGAGGAGGGGUUCUGGGCUGAGAGCAUACCAGUCCCAAAGUACAUCCCUACAAAAGGCUUAUCCAGCAGAGAAUGGCUACUGUCAUACGUUUCAACUUGAAACUUGAUACACCCUAGUAUCCUGUAGUCAAACACUAUUUCAGAACCCUACUGUUUGAGUCUGAAAAAACCUAUUGCUAGUCUAGCAUUCUGCAAGAUAGAAAUACAAAACUGGAAAAAGUAAAUACAAGCUGGCUUUAGCUUCUCUAGUUAGAAGCUACAUCCCUACCAGCACCACAAGGCAAAAAUGAACUCAAGUCUUAGUUUCACACAACAAAUGU